AUGACUACACCCUUUUACGUAGACAAAUUCGGGACAUGUGUGGUAAUGAAUUACAAAGGUUCAGGCCCCUUCAUGUUUUAUACCCACAAGAAUCAGAAAGAAUUUAGCAUCGAGCCAUGGCCACUCGAUCCACUGGCACCAGAAACUUCGCUCGCCUACUUCCACCACCAACCCACUUCUUGCCCUUGCUGGCUCGCCUGCCGACAGAUUUCUCCUUGCCCCUGCUGGUUUGCCUUUUGCUCGCUCGCUCUCCUCUGCCCCGGUGGUCCCACUCCCUUCUCCCGCCAUGAGUUUAUUUUACAGUAUCUGGUGAGAGUAUCUGGGAAGGAAGUUUACCCGGUUUGGCUGCCAUGCGAUGUGGGCAGAAGGGAACAGGACUCCGGUGAGUUUGAUCUUCCACCUGAAAUGAUAAAUGAGCUAGAGAAGUUCCUUGAAAACCAUUUGACUACAAAUUCGGGACACGUGUGGUGUGUGGUGAUGAAUUACUCAGGCUCAGGCCCCUUUAUGUUAUAUACCCAUAAGAAUCAGAAAGAAUUUAGCAUCGAGCCAUGGCCACUCGAUCCACGGGCACCUGAAACUUCACACAGAGCUUUUGCACAAAGAAAUCCCAAGACACUCAAAGGCGAUGUUUUUCAAAUAGCUAGAUUUCUCCUUGUCCCUACUGGCUUGCCUUUUGCACGCUCUCUGCCCCGCAGACUCGUCCUCUGCUCCAGCCAAGCAGCGCCCUCCCCCGGCGAUCUCACUCCCUUCUCCCGCCAUGAGUUUAUUUUACAGUAUCUGCUCAGUGCUGCACUGAGAAUUGAGGAGACUAAACCGGGAAAAAUAUGUUGGAAGGGAAGGAAGUUUACCCGGUUUGACUGCCAUGCGAUGUGGGCAGAAGGAGAACAGGACUCCGGCAAGUUUGAUCUUCCACCUGAAAUGAUAAAUGAGAUUGAGAAGUUCUUUGAUUACCACUUGACUAACGGCUACUGUUGUAGCAUGCAUUCUCCAUCCACGGGCCUGAACAUCCUUGAAGGCAUGGUAGAACAUCAAACUCACCGGAGUCAUGUUCCCGUUCUGCCCACAUCACAUGGCAGGCAAACC